GGCAGGUGGUCCCUAGACUUCAGCUCUGGCGAGGCCCCGGUUGUGCCCCGGGGCUGGGCCACAGCAUUCAGCGUAGGGGCUGCGAGCCCUGGGCCCACCGCCUGUGGAGCCCCGAGGAGACCGGUCUCUUCAUUCCCUUCACCGCCGCUCUGCCCUUGGGCAGACACCUUAGGCUGAAGAUGGUACCAAGCAGCCUCGCCGCCGCCCUCUUCCUCCUCCGCUGCCUCCUUCUCUUCCUCUCUCGCCCUCCUCCCCCCUCCAUCGCCUUCUCCUGCCCCCUUCUCCUUUCCUAACCCAUCCUGACAUGUCCACAACCCUCACUCCUGCGUUCCCAUCCCUGGUUAUGUCCUUGUGCCAGCUCGACCUGUCAAAUCCCAGAACCUCAGGGCCACUUCCCCCCAACCCCCCAGGCACCGCCUCUGAUUUCUCUUGCCUCGGGCCUCCCUAGGGGCUGGAGCCUGCUGAGCCGAGCUCGGCACCAGGCUUCUCAGUGCCUGCCUAGGGCAGCUAGGACAUAAGAGUGUUGAGGUGGGAGUCUUGGAUGAGGAACAGGAUGGGGUAGGGGCAUGGAUGGCAUUGGCCUUGUUGGUUUUUAUUCCAGCCCCUGGCAGGCAAGGGCACCCAGAGAGUCUUGGGCCAGCAAGAGUAUCUGAGGGCUCUUGGGAUUUUGCAGGGUGGAACCAGAGAGUGUGGAGACCUAACGGAUCCCCUUGGUAGCAACAAUACUACUGUGUUCCUCUUUGAGUACUUCAGGUGCAUAAUAAGAAACUCUGGGCCAUGGGCAGGAUGGGUAGCAGUCAUCACCAUGGCCUGGCAGGAUUCCUGUGGGCACCUGGCCCUGGCUAAUGCCAGGACUGGGUACGUUCCCUGUCCUGGUUGUCCGGGGCUGGCUGGUGUGGGGUCUGAAGGAGCAGUCCUGUCACUCCGCUUUUGAGUCACCAGGGGAAGGGACACGGGGUAAGGAUGUAGGCAUGCCUUAGCGCUAGCCCCAAGUUGCUUGUCAGGAAGGCCCCUGCAGGGCUCAGGAGCGGAGGCUAAAACACAGUUCCUGCAUCUGUGGGGAGCCACAUGCCAGGCUGGAAGAAGAGGCCAGUGAUUUGACAGUCACGCACAGGUGCUCACUGCCUUUUCCUAGGACUGACCUCUGCCUGCCCGGACCUUCCCAGGUUCCCAUUCUUCAGCAUUCCCAGAGACCACAGUGGAGCCUUAGCCUGUGACGGCCGUGAGGCACCCCAGUGGCUUUCUUCCUCCAGGGAGACGGUCUUUGCUGGGGUCAGGGACGAACCUGUGCAAAGUUUAUGAUCUGGGGGGUAGGGGGGACCCCAGGACCUCUGCCCUUCCUACUUCUUUCUCCCAAGUGCUGUGCCUCAGCGGCCCUGUUGUUGAGUUGUGCGUGGGACACAAGUCUACCCUGGCUCCCAUAGGAGGCUCACCAGCAUUGAGCAGCUGUGGUGGAAGUCCCCAACAUCACACUUGGGUGCCACCUGCCCCCCCCACCACAGCAAGCGCUAGGCUUCAGGGAGGGCAGCUGAGGCCCCGGAUUGGCAUGGAGAUCCUGGGGCAGUGUGGAAGCACUGGACUUUUCUGGAAGGACAGAGUCCUUAGGUCACUUGCUGUCACCCAAGUGGAACACCUAGGUAUUGCUGGACCCGAGCUGCCUGCCUGUAACCAGAUGCCCUGUGGUGCCCGCCACCUGCCUGCUAGGACUCUUCCUCUCAGCAACUCAUGCGCAGACGUUGCUAUAGUGAUAGGGAGCCGGCCUGGCCUCUGCUGCAGUUACUCUGGCGGAGGUGCCCUGGGCAGGGUGGAGGUGCCCAGGGUAGGGCCUGGUGUGGGUAGGGCUGUCUCUUGAACUGUGGCCCCUGUCACCAGCAAGUCUGUAUGAGUGAAGCAUCCGUGUCCCGCAGCCCUGGGUGCACAUAUCAAUAUCACCUCCUCGACUGGCCCUGGACUCCAUCCUGGCUGGAGAGGAGGUGGAGGCUGGCACAGGCUGAGGCGGGUGUGGGGUGUGGACACACAGCAGGGUGUUCUGCAUCACAGAGAGCUAUUGUCAGAGCACAGUAGGCACAGCCAGGAGCAGGCUGGGCAUGGCCCCAUACCACUCCUGGGUGGGGGGCCGACUUCAGAGGCUGCUUCAGAUGGUGAUGGGGGUGAAGGAGCUGAUGUUACGGAGCCAUGGCCGAGGACCACCUCUGGCGGUGGUGGGUGGGUCUCUUCCCUGUGGUCUCUGAGGCAGGAGCUUCCUGAUAUGUUUGCCUGGCCUUCCACCCUGAGCUGAGUGGGUCCUGGCUUUUGAGAUCUUCAUCCCACUCGUCCUCUUCUUCAUCCUGCUGGGGCUGCGGCAGAAGAAGCCCACCAUCUCCGUGAAGGAAGUCUCUUUCUACACCGCGGCACCCCUGACGUCUGCUGGCAUCCUGCCCGUCAUGCAGUCACUUUGCCCUGAUGGCCAGCGCGACGAGUUCGGCUUCCUGCAAUAUGCCAACUCCACGGUCACCCAGCUUCUAGAACGCCUCAACCGGGUAGUGGAAGAGGGCAACUUGUUUGACCCAGUGCGGCCCAGCCUGGGCUCAGAGCUUGAGGCCCUGCGUCAGCAUCUGGAGGCUCUCAGCUCAGGCCCUGGCACCUGGGAGAGCCACUCGGCCAGACCUGCAGUGUCCUCCUUCUCUCUGGACUCGGUGGCCAGGGACCAAAGGGAGCUUUGGCGUUUCCUGAUGCAGAACCUGUCACUGCCCAACAGCACGGCCCAGGCCCUCCUGGCUGCCCGUGUGGACCCUUCCGAGGUUUAUCACUUGCUUUUUGGUCCUUUUCCUGCCCUGGAUGGGAAGUUGGGCUUACUCAGGAAGCAGGAGCCAUGGAGCCGCCUGGGUAGCAAUCCUCUGCUCCAGAUGGAGGAGCUGCUGCUGGCUCCUGCCCUCCUGGAACAGCUCACCUGUGCGCCAGGCUCUGGGGAGCUGGGCCGGAUUCUUACCAUGCCUGAGGGCCAUCAGGUAGACCUGCAGGGCUACCGGGAUGCUGUCUGCGGUGGGCAGGCUGCAGCUCGUGCCCAGCGCUUCAGUGAUCUGGCCACUGAGCUCCGGAACCAGCUGGACAUGGCCAAGAUUGCCCAGCAGCUGGGCUUGGAUGUCCCCAACGGCUCAGACCCCCAGCAGCAGGCACCAUCCCCACGGAGCCUGCAGGCACUCUUAGGGGACCUGCUGGAUGCUCAGAAAGUUCUGCAGGAUGUGGAUGUCCUGUCAGCCCUUGCCCUGCUGCUGCCCCAAGGUGCCUGCGCUGGCCGGGCUGCCGCCUCUCAAGCUAGUGGCCCGAGUGGAGUGACCAAUAGCACUGGGACAGGGGCAAGCACAGCUUCCAACGCCACCGCUGAGGAGAGCACCCAGUCGCCUGUAACCCCGGCGUCUCCCGACACUCUGCAAGGCCAGUGCUCAGCCUUCGUGCAACUCUGGGCAGGCUUGCAGCCCAUCUUGUGUGGUAACAACCGUACCAUUGAGCCUGAGGCGCUUCGGAGGGGCAACAUGAGCUCCCUGGGCUUCACAAGCAAAGAGCAGCGGAACCUGGGUCUUCUCGUGCACCUCAUGACCAGCAACCCCAAAAUCCUGUACGCACCAGCGGGCUCUGAAGCCGACCGCGUGAUCCUCAAGGCCAAUGAGACCUUUGCCUUUGUGGGCAACGUGACCCACUACGCCCAGGUCUGGCUUAACAUCUCUGCGGAGAUCCGCAGCUUCUUGGAGCAAGGCAGGCUGCAGCAGCAUCUCCACUGGCUGCAGCAGUAUGCGGCUGACCUGCGGCUGCACCCUGAAGCCAUGAACCUGUCGCUGGAGGAGCUGCCACCUGCCCUGCGCCAGGACAACUUUUCGCUGCCCACUGGGACAGCCCUCCUGCAGCAGCUGGACACAAUUGACAACGCAGCCUGUGGCUGGAUCCAGUUCAUGUCCAAGGUGAGCGUAGACAUCUUCAAGGGCUUUCCUGAUGAGGAGAGCAUUGUCAAUUACACACUCAACCAGGCCUACCAGGAUAACGUCACAGUGUUUGCCAGUGUGAUCUUCCAGACCCGGAAGGACGGCUCCCUCCCUCCCCACGUACAUUACAAGAUCCGCCAGAAUUCAAGCUUCACUGAGAAGACCAACGAGAUCCGACGUGCUUAUUGGCGUCCGGGGCCCAAUACCGGUGGCCGCUUCUACUUCCUCUAUGGCUUCGUCUGGAUCCAGGACAUGAUGGAACGUGCCAUCAUCAACACGUUUGUGGGGCACGACGUGGUGGAGCCUGGCAACUACGUGCAGAUGUUCCCAUACCCCUGCUAUACCCGUGACGACUUCCUGUUUGUCAUCGAGCACAUGAUGCCACUGUGCAUGGUGAUCUCUUGGGUCUACUCUGUGGCCAUGACCAUUCAGCACAUCGUGGCUGAGAAGGAGCACCGGCUCAAGGAGGUGAUGAAGACGAUGGGCCUGAACAAUGCUGUGCACUGGGUGGCCUGGUUCAUCACGGGCUUUGUGCAGCUGUCCAUCUCAGUGACAGCUUUGACUGCCAUCCUCAAGUACGGCCAGGUGCUCAUGCACAGCCACGUACUCAUUAUCUGGCUCUUCCUCGCUGUCUAUGCCGUGGCCACUAUCAUGUUCUGCUUCCUGGUGUCCGUGCUGUACUCGAAGGCUAAGUUGGCCUCAGCUUGCGGUGGCAUCAUCUACUUCUUGAGCUACGUUCCCUACAUGUAUGUAGCGAUCCGGGAGGAAGUGGCCCAUGAUAAGAUCACUGCCUUCGAGAAAUGCAUUGCGUCUCUGAUGUCCACAACCGCCUUUGGCCUGGGCUCCAAGUACUUUGCACUGUAUGAGGUGGCAGGUGUCGGUAUCCAGUGGCACACAUUCAGCCAGUCCCCGGUGGAAGGGGACGACUUCAACCUGCUCCUUGCUGUCACCAUGCUUAUGGUGGAUACGGUGGUCUAUGGCGUGCUCACUUGGUACAUUGAGGCUGUGCACCCAGGCAUGUAUGGGCUGCCCCGGCCCUGGUACUUCCCACUGCAGAAGUCCUAUUGGCUGGGCAGUGGGCGGGCAGAGGCCUGGGAGUGGAGCUGGCCGUGGGCACACACACCACGCCUCAGCGUCAUGGAAGAAGACCAAGCCUGUGCCAUGGAGAGCCGACACUUCGAGGAGACGCGCGGUAUGGAGGAGGAGCCCACCCACCUGCCCUUGGUCGUCUGUGUGGACAAGCUCACCAAGGUCUACAAGAAUGACAAGAAGCUGGCCUUAAACAAACUGAGCCUCAAUCUCUACGAGAACCAGGUGGUCUCUUUCCUAGGCCAUAAUGGGGCUGGCAAGACCACUACCAUGUCUAUCCUGACUGGACUGUUCCCACCCACGUCGGGCUCAGCCACCAUCUACGGGCAUGACAUCCGCACGGAGAUGGAUGAGAUCCGCAAGAACCUGGGCAUGUGCCCACAGCACAACGUGCUGUUUGACCGGCUCACUGUGGAGGAGCACCUCUGGUUCUACUCACGGCUCAAGAGCAUGGCGCAGGAGGAGAUCCGCAAAGAGAUGGACAAGAUGAUUGAGGAUCUGGAGCUCUCCAAUAAGCGGCACUCGCUGGUGCAGACGCUGUCGGGAGGCAUGAAGCGCAAGCUCUCUGUGGCCAUCGCCUUUGUGGGUGGUUCCCGAGCCAUUAUCUUGGAUGAGCCCACUGCCGGCGUAGACCCCUAUGCUCGCCGCGCCAUCUGGGACCUCAUUCUCAAGUACAAGCCGGGCCGCACCAUCCUCCUCUCCACCCACCACAUGGAUGAGGCCGACCUGCUGGGGGACCGCAUUGCCAUCAUCUCCCACGGGAAGCUCAAGUGCUGCGGCUCUCCCCUCUUCCUCAAGGGCGCCUAUGGUGACGGGUACCGCCUCACACUGGUCAAGCGUCCUGCAGAGCCUGGCACCUCCCAAGAGCCAGGGCUUGUAUCCAGCCCCCCAGGUCGUGCUCAGCUGAGCAGCUGCUCGGAGCCUCAGGUGUCCCAGUUCAUCCGCAAGCAUGUGGCCUCUUCCCUGCUGGUCUCAGACACUAGCACUGAGCUCUCCUACACCCUGCCCAGUGAGGCUGUCAAGAAGGGGGCCUUCGAGCGCCUCUUCCAGCAAUUAGAGCACAGCCUGGAUGCAUUGCACCUGAGCAGCUUUGGGCUGAUGGACACAACCCUGGAGGAGGUGUUCCUCAAGGUGUCUGAGGAGGACCAGUCACUGGAGAACAGUGAAGCUGAUGGGAAGGAAUCCCGCAAGGACGUGCUGCCUGGGGCAGAGGGCCUGACGUCUGUGGAGGGUCAAGCCGGCAACCUGGCUCGGUGCUCGGAGCUGGCCCAGUCACAGGCAUCACUGCUGUCUGCAUCCUCUGUGGGUUCUACCCGUGGUGAUGAGGGCGCCGGCUACGCUGAUGUCUACGGUGACUACCGUCCCCUCUUUGAGAACUUGCAGGACCCAGACAAUGUCAGCUUACAAGAGGCAGAAAUGGAGGCCUUGGCACGGGUAGGCCAGGGGAGCCGCAAGCUGGAGGGCUGGUGGCUGAAGAUACGGCAGUUCCACGGGCUCCUGGUGAAGCGCUUUCACUGUGCUCGCCGGAACUCCAAAGCACUCUGCUCUCAGAUCCUGCUGCCUGCCUUCUUUGUCUGCGUGGCCAUGACUGUGGCGUUGUCUGUUCCCGAGAUCGGUGACCUGCCUCCACUGGUCCUGUCGCCUUCCCAGUACCACAACUAUACCCAGCCCCGUGGCAACUUCAUCCCCUAUGCUAAUGAGGAACGCCGGGAGUACCGACUGCGGCUGUCGCCUGAUGCCAGCCCCCAGCAGUUGGUGAGCACCUUCCGGCUGCCCUCCGGCGUGGGCGCCACUUGCGUGCUCAAGUCUCCCGCCAACGGCUCCCUGGGGCCCACGCUGAACCUAAGCAGCGGAGAGUCCCGCCUGCUGGCUGCACGCUUCUUCGACAGUAUGUGCCUGGAGUCCUUUACCCAGGGGCUGCCACUGUCCAACUUUGUGCCACCCCCACCCUCGCCUGCCCCCUCUGACUCACCUGUGUCCCUGGACGAGGACUCCCUGCAAGGCUGGAACGCCUCCCUGCCACCCACUGCUGGACCAGAGACAUGGACAUCGGCACCUUCGCUGCCACGCCUCGUACGUGAGCCUGUCCGCUGUACCUGCUCUGCACAGGGCACGGGCUUCUCUUGCCCCAGCAGUGUGGGUGGGCAUCCACCCCAGAUGAGAGUAGUCACGGGUGACAUCCUGACCGACAUCACUGGCCACAAUGUGUCUGAGUAUCUGCUCUUCACAUCUGACCGCUUCCGGCUACACCGAUACGGAGCCAUCACCUUUGGUAAUGUCCAGAAGUCCAUCCCAGCCUCCUUUGGUGCCCGGGCCCCGCCUAUGGUGCGGAAAAUCGCCGUGCGAAGGGUGGCACAGGUGCUCUACAAUAACAAGGGCUACCAUAGCAUGCCCACCUACCUCAACAGCCUCAACAAUGCCAUCCUGCGUGCCAACUUGCCCAAGAGCAAGGGGAAUCCCGCAGCCUAUGGCAUCACUGUCACCAACCACCCCAUGAACAAGACCAGUGCCAGCCUCUCCCUGGAUUACCUACUGCAGGGCACAGACGUGGUCAUCGCCAUCUUUAUCAUUGUGGCCAUGUCCUUCGUGCCAGCCAGUUUCGUGGUCUUCCUCGUGGCAGAGAAAUCCACCAAGGCCAAGCACCUGCAGUUCGUCAGCGGGUGCAACCCUGUCAUCUACUGGCUAGCCAACUACGUGUGGGACAUGCUCAAUUACCUGGUCCCAGCCACCUGCUGUGUCAUUAUCCUCUUUGUGUUUGACCUGCCGGCCUAUACCUCGCCCACCAACUUCCCAGCGGUGCUCUCCCUGUUCCUGCUCUACGGGUGGUCUAUCACACCCAUCAUGUACCCAGCCUCCUUCUGGUUUGAGGUCCCUAGCUCCGCCUAUGUGUUCCUCAUCGUCAUCAACCUUUUUAUCGGCAUCACAGCCACCGUGGCCACCUUCCUUCUGCAGCUUUUUGAGCAUGACAAGGACCUGAAGGUUGUCAACAGUUACCUGAAAAGCUGCUUCCUCAUCUUCCCCAACUACAACCUGGGCCAUGGUCUCAUGGAGAUGGCCUACAAUGAGUACAUCAAUGAAUACUACGCCAAGAUCGGCCAGUUUGACAAGAUGAAGUCCCCAUUUGAGUGGGACAUUGUCACACGUGGACUGGUGGCCAUGACAGUUGAGGGCUUCGUGGGAUUCUUCCUCACCAUCAUGUGCCAAUACAACUUCCUGCGGCAGCCACAACGCCUGCCUGUGUCUACUAAACCUGUGGAGGAUGAUGUGGACGUGGCCAGUGAGAGGCAGAGAGUGCUCCGUGGGGACGCUGACAAUGACAUGGUCAAGAUUGAGAACCUGACCAAGGUGUACAAGUCUCGGAAGAUUGGCCGUAUCCUAGCGGUGGACCGCCUUUGCCUGGGAGUGCGCCCUGGAGAGUGCUUUGGGCUCCUUGGUGUCAACGGUGCAGGAAAGACCAGUACCUUCAAGAUGCUGACAGGGGAUGAGAGCACUACGGGGGGCGAGGCCUUCGUCAAUGGACACAGUGUGCUCAAGGACCUGCUUCAGGUACAGCAGAGUCUUGGCUACUGCCCGCAGUUCGACGCCCUGUUUGAUGAGCUCACAGCUCGCGAACACCUCCAGCUGUACACACGGCUGCGUGGCAUCCCCUGGAAGGAUGAAGCAAAGGUGGUGAAGUGGGCCCUGGAGAAGCUGGAGCUGACCAAGUAUGCAGACAAACCAGCUGGCACCUACAGCGGGGGCAACAAGCGGAAGCUGUCCACGGCCAUUGCGCUCAUUGGGUACCCUGCCUUCAUCUUUCUGGAUGAGCCCACCACCGGCAUGGACCCUAAGGCCAGGCGCUUCCUGUGGAACCUCAUCCUGGACCUCAUCAAGACAGGACGCUCAGUGGUGCUGACGUCACACAGCAUGGAGGAGUGCGAGGCUCUGUGCACGCGGCUGGCCAUCAUGGUGAACGGACGGCUGCGCUGCCUGGGCAGCAUCCAGCACCUCAAGAACAGGUUUGGGGAUGGCUACAUGAUCACCGUAAGGACCAAAAGCAGCCAGAAUGUGAAGGAUGUGGUGCGGUUCUUCAACCGGAACUUCCCAGAGGCCAUGCUCAAGGAACGCCAUCACACGAAGGUGCAGUACCAGCUCAAGUCAGAGCACAUCUCUCUGGCUCAAGUGUUCAGCAAAAUGGAGCAGGUAGUGGGUGUGCUGGGCAUCGAGGACUACUCGGUCAGCCAGACCACCCUGGACAACGUGUUCGUGAACUUUGCCAAGAAGCAGAGUGACAACGUGGAGCAGCAGGAGGCCGAGCCCUCCACCUUGCCGUCCCCACUUGGACUCCUCAGCCUACUGAGGCCCCGCCCUGCACCCACGGAGCUCCGGGCGCUGGUGGCUGAUGAGCCUGAGGACCUGGACACGGAAGAUGAGGGCCUCAUCAGCUUUGAGGAAGAGCGGGCCCAGCUUUCCUUCAACACGGACACACUCUGCUGACCAUCAGGAACCACGUCAGGGAUGCAGCUGUGGGGGCCAGAAACCAGGCGGUGGCCGUAGCCCCAGUCCCACAUGCCGGGCCCUGGAAAGGCAGGUUCAGGACCAAAGGGCUCCCGCCCUCCUCCCAACUACCACCAUCCUCGCCUCAUCCUGCGGUCACUCUGGCCGCCCUCCCCCAAUUGUGCCAAAGGCUGGCCUGGCCCCGGGCUGCACACACCCUCACCCUGCUUUGCCUUAAAGCCUUGGGUCUUGGCCCAGCCCCUUACCCUACCCGGCACCAUCCACCUUCCCAGGGUGACAUGGGCUGCCCCAAGCAUCCUGUGACCCUUCUCUGCAGCGGCCCCAAGUCUGCCCAGGCCAGUGUCUUGCACAGGUGUCUUUUCAUGGGCACCCCUGACUGCAGGAGGGGGCUGGGCAGCCUGCCUACUUACUUUGCUGUACGAGCCUCCCUCACUCUGCUGUUGGGAAGAAGUUAGGCUCCCGUGGGAAGUCAUGGAUGUGGUUGCCCCGCCCUGGUGGACAAGUAGGAAUGGAGAAGCUGAGCUUGCUGGCCAGGUGAGGGGCCACUGCUCCCUCCCUGCCCCCUCAAGCUGCCUUUGCUCUCCCGUCCUGCUUGGCCAUCCAGGUGGGUGGCGGGACCUUGUAUAUAGCGCACAGAUGUUUGUUUUCAAUAAAUAAGCAAAAAAGC